UUUUGCGAAAAGGUUUAAAAAAAAUAAUGAAAAUAUCACGCAAAAUUUCUAAUAUUUGUUAGGAAUGUAUUUCCGAUUAAAUUAUAAGUACUAUUUGAUUGCCUAUUACGCCUUUUUGGUCUGAUAAAAGUGAGGCAUAUAUCGUCUCGUGUAAUUGGUCGAUUUCCUCAUUUUAGAAUUUGACAAUUUUGACCGAGGUUUCGCUUUAUCUGCUUCAGCUAAAAAGAGAUAGACACGGUAUUUCCCUGUGCUGUGAGUCACGAAACGAUUUUAUAUUUCAUAGAUGAUUUUUUGACGUGUUAUCCGGAAGGACAUAUAACUCGUGAAAAGGUGGCAUGAAUUUUGAUCAAGUGUCUUUGUUUAUGUCAACUACAACUUCAAAGUCAAAGUGAGAGUUGGAUAUUUUCGAAGGCGAAGCUGUCAACUUGAUCUCCAAUGGCUGGGCUUAAAGAUAAAUUAAUGAAGUUGAUAAUAUUUUACCCUGACGGGAAUUCUUGGAAGUAAAAUAAUAAUUUUUCAAUGAAAAUGAUGUUGAAACUCGUUUCACUGGCAUUUGCCGGUUCGAUUGGCAUGACAUUUGUGAUACUUGGUUGUGCACUUCCAUCCUACCAAGUAUUUUGGCCAUUCUUUGUAGUAUUAUUCUACAUUUUGUCACCUGUUCCAACGUUAGUAGCUCGACGUUAUUCCGAAGAUUCAGGAAACAGUAGCAAUCCAUGUUUAGAAUUAGCAAUAUUCAUUACAAUGGGAUUUGUAGUGUCAUCCUUUGCUCUUCCAAUCGUACUUGCCCGAUCGCCAAAAAAUAAUCCAGUGAUACAAUGGGGAGCUUGUUAUCUGACUUUAGCGGGCAACGUUGUCGUGUACCUGACCAUUGUCGGCUUCUUCAUAGCUUUUGAACAGGAAGAUUCCGACUACAGUAUGUGGUGAGACACCCACAUAUAGUACUUAUUUGUCGCAAUCAGAAAAGUAAUUGAAAAACGUAAACCGAAAAAAAAGAGAAACACAUCCCAAAUGAGUUGGUAUAUACACACUUUAUUGUAUAAGUGCACACAUACGUUAUACAUCAUUUUAUAAAUGGAACACGUCAUUAUUCCGAAGCUGUUUUAAACUUUUGUACAAGAUCAAAUGGAAAGGAGAAGUCCUUGCAGUGCACUGACUGACUGCUACGCUUUAAUUGUAUAUCAUUAUGCAUUAUAUUAUACAUUAUACACGAUGUACACAACUUGAUGGAAUCCAUAGACUAAGUUUAUAAGUUCAACAUUACCCAUUGGUAUUGAAUACCACAAUUAGCAAUAAUUAAACUUUCAACUAUUCAUCUUUUUUUUUCUUUAAAAAAAUCGCUCUUUGUUGCGCUUUACACUUCGCUAAUCAUUAACAUUACUUGCUGACUGGAAAAUUAUAGACUAUUACGAAUAAGUAAAAAACAAUCAUUGUUUUGUAACAACUACAAUCUACAUCAAGCAAAUGUCAUCUAAAGCGCAACAAUUGUUAGGUUCAAGCUUUCUUUUGUUUUUGCAAGUAUUUUUUUUAAUUUGCUCUAUUUGAUAAUCAUACCAAUCUACAUAUUAUUAUAGUAGUUCGAUGUGAUUGAAAAUAAAUUUAUAACAUUUACCAUUCCA